AUGCAGACCCUGGCGCCUAUCCAUCUUCUACCGAGACGCGACAGCUCCCUCGAUCACUGGCGAGGCGGGCUUUGGGGCAUGAAUAACCCGGCCGUCUACACUCCUCUCGAGUCCCUGUUUCUAUUUCAAGCCGUCCUUCAGCACGGCGCCGAAGCUCCUGCCUUCAUAAAGGCCUCCGAUCUCCUUGUCAAUAACUCAUUGAUCAAGGAUGACAAGACCUACGACGCUAAACGACUAAGCCCGGAUGCGCUUCAACAACUCUUCCUGCACCUGCUGCAGGAAGAGUUGAGGAGCGAGAAUGCGACCACCGAUAAGCCCGAUGGCGCGUCGCCAAACUUGAAGAAGCGCAAGCUCAGUCAUCCCCCAUUGCCUACGCUUAGGGAAGUCAAGGAGCAAUCGCACAGAUUCCCCGCGUUGGUGGAUCGACUCUAUGCAAGGUAUAAGGAAAAUAUCGUCAAGGAUAUUAGGGAAGAUGAGCGGCGCAUUGAGACACUCGCCAGAGAGAUUAAAGCUCUGGAAACGCAAGAGGCUAUCGACCGAGCCAAGGCGAAUACACCCCGUCCAGUAGCACCAAACAGCUCCUCCGGGCCAAAGCCCGUUCCAACACCUGUCCCGGUUCCUUCUUUGAUUCCGACGCCGGCCCAGACCGCAGCGCAACUACAGGCCAAGCGAUCGACUCCGACGCCGCCUGUUGAAACACCAAGACCGAUCAGGCCUGCCAACGGACCAGGCUCCGUUCCAACGCAGACUCCAGUACCGAUCCCCAGACACGUUCCUCUACCGCCCCAAACCCAUGCGAGACCACCAACAACCGUUGCGCCAGCUCCACCACCGACCCUACAGCCUGCACAGGCGAGACGAGACGUGGCUCCGCCAGCAGGCGCGUUCCAGCCAUCACCUGUUGUGCCUCCGACGCAAGCUGUGUCCGCCGCCGCCGCAUCUGUUGCGGCGCCCGCUAAUGGGCCAGAUGUCAAGCAGCAUCAAAACCUUAAGCCUCCCAGCAGUGCGGGACAGGUCUUGCAGCCUCCUGUUGGUGCUGGGCAUCCACCAGUUCGGCACGGCCAGUCGACCUCGCCAGUUCCUCUACCAGCAAUAUCACCACGGCCAGAUAACAUACCCAAGACUCGUGCUCCAGCACCAGGGACGCCCGCUCAACCCUCAACUCCGGGAACUCUGAAGUGGGAAAAGCCAUAUCAGCCUGCGGCGCCGGCACCUCAACCACAGGGUCGCCCUAUGCCAUCACAAACUCCAGCAACUUCUGCAUCCUCCACCCCGAAUCAGGCACAUCAUCCUUCACAAUGGUAUCCUCAACCGACAGGGCAAUACCAUGGUCCUCCGCAACCUCCACAUGUUCCAAUGCAAGCAAAUCAGACACAGAGAUAUGUCCAACAGUCGCAGCCGGUGCUGGUAGCCCCUCAACCCCAGGCUCAGGCUCAGGCCCAGGCUCAGGCUCAGGCUCAGGCUCAGGCUCAGGCUCAGGCUCAGGCUCAGGCUCAAGCUCAGCCUCAGACUCAAGCCCAGCCUCAGACCCAGCCCCAGCCUCAGACGCAACCUCAGCCGCAGCCGCAUCCUCAGCAUCCAACGCCGCACCAACCUCCACCCCCAACCCCCACCACAACCCCCCCCCCCCCCCCCCCCCCCCCCCCCCCGCCGCGCCAGGCUCAGGCUCAGGCUCAGGCUCAGGCUCAGGCUCAGGCUCAGGCUCAGGCUCAGGCUCAGGAUCAAGCUCAUCUUCAUACACAACCCCAGACUCAGACCCCAGUCAAAAGCCAAAACCAACCUCAGCCUCAAAAGCAUCAUCAACCCCCGCCGCCUCAUUCUCAGCCCAAGGGACAGCCGGUGGCAUCAACUCACUCAACGCCGACCAAGGGGCAUCCAGAGAACUCAGCGAACCAACCGCCUCAAGGCCGGCCAUCGUCUACGACUCCGAUUGCGCCUUCUGUGCGACCACAACCCGCUCAGCACUCGCAGCCGCCUCGACCGACUGCCUCUCAAUCUCCUCGCAGCUCGCAGCCUCCUCAUCCACCACAGCCGCCUACAGGCUACCAGUCAAACCACCCGCGACCUCUCGCUGCAGCAUCGCCUACCCCGUCCACCGGUCCCUCCGGCCAGACUGCCGUUCCUCCAAGAUGGCAGCAAUCCUACCCCCCUCCCUACGCGCAGCAGCAGUUCAGCCCUUCGCCCGCACCAGCGCCAGCCCAGUCGAAUGCUAAGCCAAAUGAUGCUCAAAAGCGUGUCAGCUCUCCGCUCAACAAGCAACAGCCUCGGCCUGCCAUUCCUCCUCACCUGGUUCCUCAAGUCACAGCUGCCCCCCCUCCGGCGAAAAGAGCCUCGAACACCCCUAUUCCACCGCCACAGACGCCUGUCACAGCGGCCCCCACCUUCCUCCUCACUGGCUCCGGAACCAAAUGGACCGUGACUUCGACGCCUUCGACCCCUCGACCGGGUGCGUCUGACAGGGAAGUAGCUAGUCCCGCUUUUGAACCAUUGAGUCCUGUGCAGCAAGUUGCGCCGCUACCCCCCGCGCCAACCCCGACACAAGCACCACGGAGACCCAGUCCUAAGCCGACACCGGUUCCCAUUCCGGUGCCGAAAUCAGAGAUGAAGACUCCCGGUCCUAGAGGCCGAGGCCGACCACCGCGCAGCGCGAACAAGGUCCGUGCUGACAGCACACCUUCGGUUGCCGGCACGCGUAGAAGCCAGUCGGUCGUGUCGCAAACUGACGAGUUAUCGAUGGAUCACCAUGAGCUGGCGCCCAGAAUUAAGGACGAGAACGCCACUCCUAGAGUGACUCCCAGAGCGACGCCCAAACCGCAAGAUGAUACGGGCGACACGACUGCUGAUGAAAGCGUACCGAGUCGACGCAACAUGAUCACACCUAGCAGCGUGUCAUCACGGCUUGCUCACAAGCGCAAACGUCAAGACACUCCAACAGAGCCACUCGCACCGCCUACAGCUCCGACCCACGUGCUAUGGACACGUCAGUUUGGUCGUGUAAGCGCUGCCGCUCUAGACCAGAUCGGCGCUCACAGGUUUGCGAACCAAUUUGCGAAUCCGAUUCGAGAGCGAGACGCCCCUGGCUACAAGACUCUGAUCAUUCAGCCGCAGGACAUCAAGUCCAUUCGUGCAGCCAUAACGCAUGGCAACAGAGCAGCCACUGAGGCCGCCAAGGCUUUGCCAGACGGUGACCCAGGCACAGGCUCUGUUCUUUUGCCAAUCAGUGACGAUCUGGUGCCUCCCAAGAGCAUUAUCAACAGCGCCCAGCUCGAACGAGAGCUCGUGCACAUGUUUUCAAAUGCCAUCAUGUACAACCUGAACCCCAGUCGCGGGCCUGGCCCAGCAUUCAUGAAAGGUGGGAGUGCUGCCGAUGGGGCUGACGUGGUGGGAUACGAAGUUGACGAAGACGCCGUGGUCCGUUCUACGAGGAUGAUGUCGAUGGAGGUCGAGAAGAUCAUAGGCGAGCUCCGUAAUGCGGAGAAGGAACGCACAGGUCAACCUGCCUCGAACUCUGGCAACACGAGGCCGACUAGCGUCGCUACUGGUGAGGAUACACCGAUGGCGGAAGAUGAUAUUGAUGAGUUGGCGGGUGAUGCGGACAUGACCUCAACGACCAGGAGACGCCGCGUGGGCGCGAGGAACUAG